AUGACACUACGAACCUCCAUGGGCGACAAGAUUCACAAUGCAGACAAUGAAAGUCUCGCUGGCAGAUGGCAGUCAGCCAGCAUAGCAGUGGAGAAUGCAACAAUCCGACUCAGCCCUAGCGACAUUGUCGGGACCCCUUGUCUAGGCCGCCAGUUAUUAGGCCGAAGUGGAGUCCAACGUUGGAACACAGCAUCAGCCAUACAGAAUAGAGAACUUGUUCAGACUCAAGUAAAACAGCCUGAGGAAGAAGACGAUAGAAUAUCUAAAUUUGUAGGAAAACUCGUAGUAGUAGUCGUGGUAGAACUGUUAGUGGCUGUUGUAGUGGUCAAUGUUGUCGUAGUAGUAGUAGUGGUAGAACUUUUAUUGGCAGUCAUACUCGUCAAUGUUAUCGUAGUAAUAGUCGUGGUAGAACUUUUAUUGGCAGUCGUAGUCGUCAAUGUUGUCGUAGAAGUAGUCGUGGUAGAACUUUUAGUUGCAGUCGUAGUCGUCAAUGUUGUCGUAGAAGUAGUCGUGGUAGAACUGUUAGUUGCAGUCGUAGUCGAUAAUGUUGUCGUAGUAGUAGUAGUCGUGGUAGAACCGUUAGUGGCAGUCGUAGUCGUCAAUGUUGUUGUAGUAGUAGUCGUGGUAGAACCGUUAGUGGCAGUCGUAGUCGUCAAUGUCGUAGAAGUAGUCGUGGUAGAACCAAUAGUGGCUGUCGUAGUCGUCAACGCAGUCGUAUUAGUAGUCGUGGUAGAACCAAUAGUGGCUGUCGUAGUCGUCAACGCAGUCGUAUUAGUAGUCGUGGUAGAACGGUUAGUGGCUGUCGUAGUCGUCAACGCAGUCGUAUUAGUAGUCGUGGUAGAACUGUUAGUGGCUGUCGUAGUCGUCAAUGCAGUCGUAUUAGUAGUCGUGGUAGAACGGUUAGUGGCUGUCGUAGUCGUCAAUGCAGUCGUUUUAGUAGUCGUGGUAGAACGGUUAGUGGCUGUCGUAGUCGUCAAUGCAGUCGUAUUAGUAGUCGUGGUAGAACGGUUAGUGGCUGUCGUAGUCGUCAAUGCAGUCGUUUUAGUAGUCGUGGUAGAACGGUUAGUGGCUGUCGUAGUCGUCAAUGUCGUAGAAGUAGUCGUGGUAGAACCAAUAGUGGCUGUCGUAGUCGUCAACGCAGUCGUAUUAGUAGUCGUGGUAGAACGGUUAGUGGCUGUCGUAGUCGUCAACGCAGUCGUAUUAGUAGUCGUGGUAGAACGGUUAGUGGCUGUCGUAGUCGUCAACGCAGUCGUAUUAGUAGUCGUGGUAGAACGGUUAGUGGCUGUCGUAGUCGUCAACUCAGUCGUAUUAGUAGUCGUGGUAGAACGGUUAGUGGCUGUCGUAGUCGUCAACUCAGUCGUAUUAGUAGUCGUGGUAGAACGGUUAGUGGCUGUCGUAGUCGUCAAUGCAGUCGUAUUAGUAGUCGUGGUAGAACGGUUAGUGGCUGUCGUAGUCGUCAAUGCAGUCGUAUUAGUAGUCGUGGUAGAACGGUUAGUGGCUGUCGUAGUCGUCAAUGUUGUCGUAGUAGUAGUCAUAGUUGUCGUCGCCAGAGUCGAGAUUGUGGUGAUAGUCGUUGUCGUAGCUGAAGUUGUAAUCAUAGUAGUAGCUGUAGUAGUCGUAGUAGCAGUAGUUGUUGUUGUAGUAGUAAUUGUUGUUGUAGCAACAGUUGCAGUAUUAGUAGUAAUUGCAGUUGUUGUAGCAGUCUUUAUAAUAUUCACCGUCGUAGUCAUCGUCAUGGUCGUCUCAAAGUCGUAG